AUGAGUUUCAGUACUAUAUUCUCUAAGCUUUUGAGGUAUUUGGAAAUCCCUGCCAAAAAUAGGACUGCCGUGAAUUUUCUGAGGAACCCUGAUUUGCAACCUAUCAAGUCUGCAAAUCAAACAUGGGGGUUUUGGUCUAAUUUGGCGUACUGGGGUGCUGUGUCCUUUACUGCGGGUACAUGGAUGAGUGGUUCUGCUGCACUAAGUGUUGGACUAAGUUACCCAGAGACCAUUGUUUCGUUUCUUCUCGGUAAUGUCUUGACGAUCAUUUUUACUAUGGCCAAUUCUUAUCCCGGUUAUGAUUGGAAGAUCGGUUUUACUUUAGCCCAAAGAUUCGUCUUUGGAAUUUACGGUUCAGCCUUUGGUAUUAUCAUCAGAAUUUUGAUGAGUAUUGUCAAUUACGGUUCCAAUGCUUGGUUGGGUGGUCUUUCUAUCAACAUGAUAUUAGAUUCCUGGUCUCACCACUAUCUGCACCUGCCCAAUACUUUGUCCCCGAAAGUUGCCAUGACCACCAAAGAGUUGAUCGGCUUCAUUAUCUUUCACGUCCUCACCGCGCUCUGUUACUUCAUGAAACCCUAUCAUAUGAACUAUAUUUUAAUUUGGUCGUGUGUGGCUACUUGCUUCUCCAUGGUGGGUAUUGUGAUUUACUUGACUAAGAAUGCCCAUGGUGUUGGUGAAUUAUUCAUCUCCACACAUUCUACCGUUACUGGUUCUAAAAGAGCAUGGGCUUGGGUUUACAUGAUCUCAUACUGGUUCGGUUCCAUCUCUCCAGGUUCCACAAACCAAAGCGACUACUCGAGAUUUGGCUCCUCCAAUUGGGCUAUCUGGACCGGUAGCGUUUGUGCAUUACUAAUCCCAGCAACUUUGGUCCCAAUCUUCGGUGUCAUCAGUGCCUCCACCUGUGACAAAUUAUACGGUCAACAAUUUUGGAUGCCUAUGGAUAUCUUCCACUACUGGUUGACAAAUAACUAUUCUGCAGGCGCUCGUGCAGGCGCCUUCUUCUGUGGUCUUUCCUUUACCAUGUCUCAAAUGGCCUCCACCAUCUCCAACUGCGGGUUUGCCAGUGGUAUGGACAUGGCCGGUUUAUUGCCCAAAUACGUUGAUAUCAAGAGGGGCGCCCUCUUUGCUGCAUGUGUCUCCUGGGCUUGUUUGCCAUGGAACUUUUACAACUCCUCUUCCACUUUCUUAACUGUCAUGAGCUCUUUCGGUGUUGUCAUGACUCCUAUUAUUGCUGUCAUGAUUUGUGACAACUUCCUGAUUAGGAAGAGACAGUACUCCAUUACUAAUGCAUUUAUUUUAAAGGGUGAAUACUAUUUCACUAAAGGUGUCAACUGGAGAGCUGUCGUUGCCUGGGUUUGUGGUAUGGCUCCCGGUCUACCCGGUAUUGCUUGGGAAGUCAACAAUAACUAUUUCCACGAUGCUGGUAUUGUUAAGUUUUUCUAUGGUGAUUCUUUUUUCUCAUUUUUAAUUUCUUUUUUCGUCUACUGGGGGCUAUGUAUCUUCUUCCCAUUCAAAAUUACUGUUAAACAUGAUGACAAAGAUUACUAUGGUGCAUUCACCGACGAAGAAGCAAGAAAGAAGGGCAUGGUUCCAUACAGUGAAAUUUCUGAAGAAGAAAUCCGUGCUUACACGUUGGGCGAAUGUUACACCACUGGACACGAAUAUCAACCUGAAAGCUCUGAUGACCAACAACCUGAGUUGAUUAAGACUAGCUCAGAAAACACAAAUGUAUUUGAAAUCAUUCAUCAAAAAGAUACUGAAAAGCACUCAUUUGCUACCAGUGAACAAGCUGUCUGA